AUAGUGAAGUUUGGCAUUGGUCAUCAGAGCCGCUCCAUCCUCGUCAUGAAGUCCAUCAGUCUCCUCCCCCUGGGAGUUCUUCUCCUGGUAACUCUGGAACCAUGGACCGUGGAAGGUGCUCAGAAGUCCGAGAAAGCUGGAAAUUGUCCUCCUGUUAAUAAAUUGGUCCGCUGCUUUCGGUAUGAGAAACCCCAGUGCCAGAGUGACUGGCAGUGCAUGGGAAACCAGAAAUGCUGCCAGGAUACUUGUGGCAUCAAAUGCUUGGACCCUGUGGAGCUCCCCACACAAGCUAGGGAAAAGCCUGGGAAGUGUCCUCAGGUGUAUGGAGAGUGCAUGAUGCUCAACCCUCCCAACCACUGUGAGACCGAUAGCCAGUGCCAGGGCAAGCUCAAGUGCUGCAAGGGCAUGUGUGGGAAAGCCUGUGUCAGACCUGUCCGAGAAAGUUCUUCUAAGGGACUAGGAUGGUGAAGAUAAUUUCCUGGCUUCUCAGCUGAAGCUUGAUUCGCUCUCCUCUGUCAACUUGAUUCUGCUAUUACAAGAGGCUCCAGAUUCCUGGUCUAGGUAUUAUUGGAAUUCCCUAUUUGCUCCU